CAAAAAACACACCCAUGGCUUCUAUAACAAAUCAAAUUUUCAUUUUCACACUAACCAUCUUUUUUCUUGUUUUUCUAAAAGCAUCUUCAGCUUUUGAAAACCAUUCAUCCACCAAUGGGUUUUUACCAUUCGCAUCCAAACAUGUUAUUAUCAUUAACAAAUUGAUCUCACGUGCAACAAUGACUGUGCAUUGUACAAACAAAGGGGAGGAUUUAGGCGUAAAAACACUGCCCUUUGGAGCUAGUUUUGAUUUCAAGUUUCGUGUCAAUCUUCGUAAGACGACAAGGUACACUUGCACUUUUGAGUGGCCAAAUACUAAAGCAACGUUUGAUAUUUUUAAAGUAGAUAGAGACGACAAUCCAAGAGGUAAAUACAGAGUCUGCAGCGAAUGUAUUUGGAACAUUUUUGAAUUAUCCCCUUGUCGGGAUAGACGCGACGGAGGCCAGCCUGAGUGUUUUAGAUGGGAUUCUUAGUGAUUUCAAAAUAGUCAAUACAUGUUUUGCAUCCCUCCUUGAUUAAAAGUAAUAAAAUCAAAAUAUUUGGUG